AUGGUGACAAAUGCAGUAACAGCCAUUGCUAGUCCAUUGAAAUGCGCAUUAUCUCCCUGUCAUGGAUUUCAGGGGUCGACUCGACGCUUCCGGUGGAGAAGAAAUGAGAGACAGUGUGCAAGGAAAGCUGGCCACGGUGUAAUAACAGCCAAAUUUGAUCUAAAACCCCCACCGUACCCACUGGAUGCACUGGAGCCUCAUAUGAGCCGUGAAACAUUUGAAUACCAUUGGGGAAAGCAUCACAGGGCUUAUGUAGACAACCUCAACAAGCAAAUAGCCGGAACAGAACUAGAUGGAAUGACAUUAGAAGAUAUAGUAGUUGUUACGUAUAACAAAGGAGAUCUCCUUCCACCCUUCAACAAUGCCGGUCAGGUCUGGAAUCAUGAUUUUUUCUGGGAGUCAAUGAAACCAGGUGGUGGAGGAAAACCAUCAGGAGAACUUCUAGAUUUAAUCAACAGAGACUUUGGUUCUUUCGAGGAAUUUAUUAAAGAGUUCAAGACUGCUGCAACAACACAAUUUGGUUCUGGUUGGGCGUGGCUCGUGUACAAAGCAAAUAGACUGGAUGUAGGAAAUGCAGUAAAUCCACGUCCAUCAGAUGAGGACAAGAAGCUUGUAGUGGUGAAGAGUCCUAAUGCCAUGAAUCCUCUAGUCUGGGAUUACUUUCCACUACUUACUGUAGACGUUUGGGAGCAUGCUUACUACAUCGACUAUCAGAACCGGCGACCAGAUUAUUUAUCUAUCUUCAUGGAGAAGCUUGUUUCUUGGGAAGCAGUGAGUUCCAGGCUCGAAUCUGCUAAGGUUGAGGCCAUGGAGAGGGAAAGAGAAGAAGAGAGAAAGAAAGAGGAGGAAGAAGAGUGUGGAACAGCAAAUUCUGAAGCACCAGAAAUGUAUUUGGAAAGUGAUGAUUCUGAGGCUGAUUGA